AUUUACUAUUAAUGUUUUUAGAUAACGAAAACAUGAGCAUGCGGCUCAAAAUUGUAGAAGAUCGAUUAGGAUUUAUAGAAAAUCUAACUUAAUUGUAAGAUAAACGAAUCAAUGAAUUAACUAAAUAAUUAGAUCAUGUCAUUCAUUAAUUUCAAGAUUUGAAUUUGGAUCGUUGCAGAAAUGAUGAAGGUCUUACUUUCAAAUUUGAACGCUUUGAAAAGACUCUGCUUAUGUUACAAAGAGAAAUGAAUCAAAUAGGUAUCUAUAUAUUGUUAAUUUAUAGCUACGCAUCAAGAUGAAAGAAUUAAUUAAUUAAUCAAUUAAUUAGUUGAACCUAGUUUUAAGGACAUUGAUAUCUAAAUUAAGUAAGAAUCUUAAAGAUUAUAAUUGUAAUGUCAGAGGUAGUUAGAUGAAAUGUAUGAGGAAAUCAUUAAUAAAUUUAAGACACCAUAAUAAAGCAGUUUUGUACAAGGGGGAAGAGUAAGCAUAAUUGAAUCAACAACAUAAGAUGAUACUAAGAAAAAGAUUGAUGAUGAAAUUAAUAGAAGAAUUUAGGAAGAAAAUGAAAAGAGAAGGUCUUUUUUAGAAAGUGAAACUAAAUAACAUAAAAAUGGAUAAUUGUCUACUGAAAAGUCUAGAGCAAGAGAAAUUUAAAAUAGAUUAAAUCUCGAGAGAAAAGCAAAACAAGAUAAAAUAAACCAACUAAACGAAUUAUAUCAAUUUAGAAAGCAUUGA